UUUCAAGCUUAUCUGUAAUAAAGAAAAAUUCCUAAGACACAUUUAAGAUUUUCUUUUAGAUAUAACGUAUCAAUUAUAAUUAUAUACCAGCAUUACACGUUAAAAAAAUAAAUAGGAAACGUCGUAGAUAAUUUAUUUCUUAUUCCUGAUGCUAAAUUAAUUUUCCUUAUAGAGACGCGACGGAUUAACGCAGCAAAUUCCAAAAUGAUACAUAUCAAUAUAAAAACUUUUUUCAUUUUUCUUGUAAUUUUUUUUGCAGGAAAUUAAAAACUGUUCCUUAUUUCUACAUCAUUAGCAUACAGAAAUAAAGAAAUAGAUUUUUUAAUAAAUUAUAAUAAAUAAUUAAUAAUAAUUAUAAAUAUAUUAAAUAUAUCGAAUCGACUCCAAAAUGGCGACGCUCCUCGACUAAACGCUAUCGACAGAAGUGCGCUUCGAUAUAUUCAAUUUUUUCUCUUUAAUCAACGAGUCUAAAUAAUAAUUACGAAUAAAACCUUAAGCGAUAGACAUAAUUAAUUCUAAGAAAUAAAAAGAAAAUUUUAAAAGUUAACAUUUAAAAUUCAUUAUUACUAUAUUAACUCAAUAGAUGUCAGCAUCGGUCUACGGAUCGAUUUUCAGAGGCGAAAUAUCUAAGAUGUGACGAAAAGGGUUCUUAUCUCAUAAAUAUAUACAAAAAAAUUUAUAGUAAAAAACAUAAUUAUUUAACGAUUAAAAUGUAAUAGAAAUGUCGAACUUUAUACUUUGCGCUUCAAUGAACUCGAAGACGACUUAAUAUUUUUCCUUUUUUGUAUUUAAUAUGGUUCAGUAGUUCGUUCCACAUCUUACAUACAGACAUGUUAACGUACUUUAGAUAGAUGCCGAUAUAAUCCGACCAAUACGUCAAAAAUGCUACGUUUUCGAGUAGGACCCGUCAUGUUUCAGUUCAGGUUGUCGGCUUUGAUAAUUGUCACUUUAAUUUUGGUGGUCCUCGUUGCAUUCGUCGUCUUUAUAUUUAAUGACAGAGGCAACGAUAACUCGAAACAGUUGAUUUUUGGAAGGAAUGUCGAUCUUCAACACAGUGAACUUCAUGUCUUAGAAGAGCAAUUACAAAAAUUAGAAGAAGAAUUACAGAAAAAUCAAAAUGUUUUGGAUCAAGUCAAAGUUGCUUUAAAAGAUUUAGCUGUCGAUACUUCUAAUGCUAUUAUGCAAUCAGAAGGAAGUGAAGUUAUUCUCUACUUAAAUAUUAGUCUUAAUUCAGUUAAAGUUCCUGAUGAAGUUUGCAUGUUAUAUGCAUCUCCAAAAACACAGACGGAUUUACAUAUGUUAGAGAUGUAUAAUGAACUUAAAUUUGAUAAUCCAAAUGGUGGAGUAUGGAAACAAGGUUGGAAUAUUCAAUAUGAUGAUACUCAAUGGAAUGCUGAUCAGAAGCUUAAAAUAUUUGUAGUGCCACAUUCUCAUAAUGAUCCUGGUUGGUUAAAAACAUUUGAUAAAUAUUUUACUGAACAAACACAAAAUAUACUAAAUAAUAUGGUCACAAAAUUGAAAUUUGAUACAAGAAGGAAAUUCAUUUGGUCAGAAAUAUCAUAUUUUUCACUCUGGUGGGAUAAAAUCAGUCAGGAACAGAAACAACUUGUGAGAAGCUAUUUAGAUCAUGGACAAUUAGAAAUAACAACUGGUGGAUGGGUAAUGACUGAUGAAGCUGUUAGCCAUUAUUAUGCAAUGAUUGAACAAAUGGUAGAGGGACAUCAAUGGCUUUUAAAUAAUUUAGAGUAUAGAGCAAAAAAUGGAUGGGCUAUUGAUCCUUUUGGUUUAUCUCCUACAAUGGCUUAUUUAUUAAAACGUAUGGAUUUAGAAAACAUGGUGAUUCAAAGAGUGCAUUAUUCUGUUAAGAAAAAUUUGGCUUUACAUAAAAGUCUAGAAUUUUUAUGGAGACAGGAGUGGGACAUUAACCAUACAACGGAUAUCCUCUGUCAUAUGAUGCCAUUCUAUAGUUAUGAUGUCCCUCAUACCUGUGGUCCAGAUCCUAAAGUGUGCUGUCAAUUCGAUUUCAAACGGCUUCCUGGUGGUAAAAUGAAAUGUCCAUGGAGAAUACCGCCAGUUCCUAUCAAUGAUAAAAAUGUUGCAGAUAGGGCUAAAUUAUUAAUAGAUCAAUAUAAGAAAAAGGCUCAAUUAUUUCGUACCAAUGUAUUAUUAGUACCUCUUGGGGAUGAUUUUAGGUUUGAAAAGUCUUUGGAGUGGGACCAACAAUUUCAGAACUAUCAGCAUCUGUUUGAUUUUAUGAAUAACAAAGAGGAUUGGAAUGUUGAGGCACAGUUUGGCACACUAGAUGAUUACUUUACAGCUGUUAGAGAAGAAAGUGGUGUUGAUGAUGGAAAUUUGCCAGUUGGUUUUCCUUCCCUUGCAGGUGAUUUCUUUACAUAUGCUGAUCGGGAUGAUCAUUACUGGAGCGGAUUUUUUACAUCAAGACCUUUCUAUAAAAACAUGGAUCGAGUUUUAGAAGCUUACUUAAGAGGAGCAGAGAUUUUAUUUGCAUUUAUGUUUAAUCAAAUGAUGCAGUAUCCUAAAAAAAUAAUUAAUUUGAUGGAAGAUUUGGUUGAAUCUAGGCGUACAUUAGGUUUGUUUCAGCAUCAUGAUGCCAUAACUGGAACAUCAAAAGAUACAGUUGUUAAUGAUUAUGCAAGCAGAAUGUUUAUAGCAUUAAAAAAACUUCAACAUAUAAUAACAGAAAGUAGUUUAUAUCUUCUAUCAGACAAUGAAAUUGAUUCUUCUUAUUUUCAAAUGGAUGAGAUAAAACUUCAUCAUAGUGCAAUACCAGAAAAAUUAGUCAUACAGUUUACAGCAACAAAAAAAUCUCACAAGUUAAUCAUUUAUAAUUCUCUUGGAUAUCUGAGAAAAGAAAUAGUUAUUGUUCAUGUAUCUACACCAUUUGUAGAAGUUCUGGAUUUUAAAGGAAGAAAUGUGCCAAGUCAAGUUAGUCCUGUGUUUAAAGGAAAAAUGUUUGUAGAAGAACAAUUUGAGUUAUGUUUUUUGGCUGAAAUUCAUGGUUUGAGUUUGCAACAAUAUACAAUUCAUCUAGUUAAAGGGCAUAGGAAUGCAAAAGCAUCAAUUACAUUAUUUAAUUUUGAUUCAGUUCCAGAAUCUUUAGUUUUUCCAAUUUCAAUGGAAGAUGCCGCUGAAAAAUUUUCUAUUCAAUCUCAUUUUGCAACAGCUUUCUUUUCAGGUGAAGAUGGUAUGCUACAGCAUUUAAUACUAAAACAAGAUAAAACAGAAAUUGAUAUGAAAAUUAAAUUUCUUAUGUAUGGAACUAGGAAAAAAGGAAGAGAUCGAAGUGGAGCUUAUUUAUUUUUACCUGAUACUCAUGCUCAGAUAUUAAAAUAUAGUCAACCUUGCAUAAGGGUUUUAGAAGGACCUCUGUAUUCUGAAGUAACUGUUUUCAUUCCAAAUGUUGAACAUCAUGUCAAAUUAAAAAGUUCACCAGGAGCAGAUGGAAAUGGAAUUGAUAUAUACAAUAUUGUUGAUAUAUCACAAGAAACUAACAAAGAAAUAAUUAUGAGGAUCCAUACAAAUAUUGUUAAUAAUAAUAGUGAGUUUUAUACUGAUCUGAAUGGAUUUCAGAUGAUGAAACGACAAACCUUUGAAAAACUGCCACUCCAGGCAAAUGUGUAUCCAAUGUCAACAGUUGCUUACUUCCAAGAUAACACUACUCGUUUCUCUCUUUUGACAGCUCAACCAUUGGGUGUUGCUUGUUUAAAACCAGGUUGGAUUGAAGUGUUUUUAGAUCGCCGACUAAAUCAAGAUGAUAACAGGGGACUGCAGCAGGGUGUUACAGACAACAAACGUACUCCAAGUAGUUUCAGAAUAUUAAUAGAAAAGAAAAUUGGUUCAUAUUCUUUUCAUAAUAAAAAAUCGGAGAAGGUUUUAAGUUAUCCAUCUCUGUUUGCUCACCAUGCUUUAUUAUCAUUAUUACAUCCAAUGUUUAUUAUGCUAAUGAGACCUAGCCAGGGUCUAACAGGACAAAAUAAAGACAAUAUGAAGUUGAAAUUUAGACCUCUAGGAACUUCUUUGCCAUGUGAUGUUCAUCUCCUUAAUUUAAGAGUGUUAGCUAGCCCCACAUCAAAUUCUGUUAUCAUUCCAUCUAAUUCUACUGGCAUGUUUUUGCAUCGUCUGGGAUUUGAAUGUGGAUAUAAAACAUAUGGACUAAACUGUACUGUAGAAAAUGGAAAAAUUUCCCUCGAUCAGUUUUUUCCAUAUGACUUUGGACCGUUGGUCGAGGAAACAUCCCUCUCAUUCAUAAAUCAGAAGGCUGUUUUUAGCAAGAGUUCAGCACUCUAUUUACCUCCAAUGGAAAUAAUGGCAUAUAAGUUAUAUCAUAGAUGAUAUUGCUUAUAACAAAUUGGUGCAUUUAUACAUGGUAAUUUUCCUGUAACAGGAAUUGAAAAACUAUAAUUAUAUAGUAUAAGGAUACUAUAAUAUUUAUUUAUUUAAUGUAUAUAAU